GGAUAUCCGACAACUAAAGCAUACGUCUCUCAUUUUGCAUAUUUCCCUCGUAGCAUGGUCCAUCGUCAUGGCUUCAAAUAUGCUCAAAAUCCCCUUUCGGCGGUCCCACCCUGUCUCCCUCUCCGACUCUCUUGCGCAAUACAUCUCUUCCAAAUAUGACCAGCACCCAGACAUGUUUUCCGAGGACCUCCUGGUCAUCAGCCGUUUGCGCACCGAUGCCAUAAAUGUACAGGAACCCCAUAUUAGCGGGAUCAGCAGGCUGGUCACGUACGCGGCGCAGUUGAAAUGGAUUGGGGGUAAAUUUCCAAUCGACGUUGGUGCCGACUUUGCAUGGUAUCCCGCUUUCGGCUUUAAUACCUCACGACCAGUAUCCCAGAAUAAUGUACGAUAUGAGUUGGUCAACAUUCUUUUCAACCUCGCUGCACUGCUGUCCCAGCUUGCCGUUUCACUACACCCGUCAGAUCCGAAUAACCUAAAAAUAGCAUGCAAGUAUUUUUGCCAGUCAGCCGGUGUUAUCUUACACCUACGUACCGAUAUUUUACCUGAUCUUAGAAGCUCGCCGCCGGAAGAUAUGGAUGAAAUGACAUUGCGAAGUUUAGAAGAAUUGAUGCUUGCACAGGCCCAAGAAUGCUUUUGGCAAAGGGCCAUAAAAGACGGCCUGAAAGAUGCUUCAAUCGCCCGGCUUGCGGCCAAAGUAUCAGAUUUUUAUGCCAAUUCAGGUGAUUUUGCUGUGAAAUCAAACGCUAUAAGCACUGCAUGGAUUCAUCAUAUGACCGCUAAGCACCACCAUUUUGCCGCAGCUGCUCAGUAUAGACAAUCUUUGGAUUGCUUAGAGAAAAGAAAAUAUGGUGAGGAAGUUGCUCGGAUGAGGGACAGUCUCACAUGUGCCAAUGAAGCACUGAAAGAGGCUAAGUGGAUUAAUAAGGCCGUCCUUGGUGACCUGAAUACACUCAAAGCCCGGGUGAGUGAGGAUUUGAAGCGGGCCGAGAAGGAUAAUGACAUGAUAUACCUAAAACCGGUGCCUCCAAAAUCAGAAUUGAAACUACUUGAUCGGGCUACAAUGGUUGCUGCCGAAGCUCCCAAGGAAGUCAUAGAAGCAUUGUCUAUGAUCGGUGAAGGAGCGCCACUUGGUCGGCCCUUGUUUGCUAAGUUGGUGCCAUAUGCAGUGCAUGUUGCUGCAAGCAUAUAUGUCGAUCGUCGAGAUCAACUUGUUAAUCAGACGAUAGGGGAGUUGGAGUCAAUGACACUGAGGCUCCGGGAUCUGCUUCAAUCAUUGAAUCUUCCAGGAUCUUUGCAGGCGCUCGAGAAACCGCUUGGUUUACCCCCAUCCCUAGUAUCACACGCGGAAGAGAUUCGACAGCAAGACGGCUUGAACCGUCUCUAUCGCUCCUUAGAGGAUACCUCCAAGCUCAAGGCUAACGAUAAGGCUAUUUACACAGAAGGAGUUGAACUUUUGAUGGCAGAAAAGGAAGAGGAUAACAGGGCGCGAACGAAAUACGGCACGGAUCGAUGGACGAGGCUUCCUUCGGAGCAGGCGGCAGAGAAGCUUUACACUAAGGUUCACGAGUUUGAUGGCUACUUGGCGUCUGCAGACAAGAGUGACAGUCUAGUUUAUAAGAAGCUACGGGAAUCGGAGCAUGUUCUUCGUGUAUUAACGGCAACGAAUAGAGAGUUGGAAGCGUAUGUUCCGAGCAGCAGAAAAGCCACAGUCACCCCACAAGUAGAGCGAGAAUUAAAUCGGCUAAGAGGUUCAUUAAAUGACGUGACGAGAUUGGAGAAUCGACGCAAGCGCAAGAUUGAAGCAUUGAGAGAGAAGGCGAAGGCUGAUAAAAUCCAUUCAGCGCUUGUUAAGGAAACUUCCCGUCUCGAACGGGAGUAUCCAAUGCAGACUAUUGAGCCAGGCCAGUUUGAAGACCUCUUCGAGGAGCAUCUGCGUCUAUAUGACAGUGACCGUGAUAUGCUCAACGAAGAACAGAAGAACCAAACCCAGAUCGAAAACCAGAUUCGAGAAGCCAACAAAGCGUUCAUAAUGGCGAGAAAAGGUGACUCAUCUACUAAAGAACGCGAGAAAGCUUUGCAGGACUUGGAAAAUGGCUAUAUCAAGUAUAACGAGAUUAUAUCCAACAUCGAAGGGGGAAGGAAAUUUUACAAUGAUUUGGCGAAAUUGGUUGGCCGGUUUAGGGAAGAGUGCAAGAAGUUUGUACAGCAGAGACGGAUGGAAGCCAGCCAGAUGGAGACUGACAUUACCAACACCACUGCUAUGGCUUCCUUGAACAUAACCCAAGCCAGCCCACCCAUCCAACCGCAGCCUCCGUCACCGACAGCGCCGCAGUCUAAGAACGCCGUACCUUUCUCCCUGCCAAGGCAAGAGAAUAAUCCACCCUUCACAGCACCACAGCCUACACGCGCUCUGGCCCAAGCACAGCUACCUACCUUCCCUCCGCCUCAAACUCCAGCCUCAGCAGGAACAGGCACAUCACCUGCAUUUCCGACGCUUCCCUCUGCCGCAAUGUCAAGAAUGUGGUCUCCCGAAAUGGGGAUCAGAUUUGGUACGCCCACACAAAUGAGCUUGAACUCGCGAAUGUCCGGUCCUGGCUCCUCCGCCAAUGAGACUGCUGGUGGUGGCGGCGCUGCUGACGAGCGCCGGGUGUCUCCCGGAAAAUGGGAUCCCAAUCGUGGAUUGAGGUUCUCGUAGGAGUGCCUCUGUCCAACUCUUUAAUUUUGAGUGGUAUUUUAUAUGUUAUAAUUUAAGACUUGAUAGAAUGGUCCUUAGAGCAGGAAGACGACCAGUUAACUAUAUAAGAACAAAUGCAAAUGCAAUGAUUUAAAUCAAGCCACAUAGUCUUGGAAACAUUUUGAUCAUUUGUUUUUCAUCUGUCGAUAAAUCUCUAGCUGAUUUCGAAGCGGCGUGAUGUAUAAAAUCUCAAGCCAUUUCCACUUUUAGCUCCUGUUCUUAACCACCCACCGAUGCACAAGGUUUUAUUCUAACAUAAAAAGCAAAGCAAACAAAAGGGGUAGAAUCAAGCAGAUCAAGUAAGCACCAAUCAAGGACACCGAAUAUUCACACAUUAAAAGUGAAAUUGCUGGGCAACAAACCAGAAGCAAAGAACCAACCACAAUACAUAUGGCAAUUAUUUUGGUGCUGUUCUCCCCUCCUCACACGUACGGAUACGGUGGGAUUUAUGUACAUACGGGAUGGGGAGGAGCUGCUAAAGGGAGGGUAAUGGAUGAAAUACAAAAGCGAAAUGUCCAGAUCGAAAUGCCCACCUUUCCUAAAUCCUGCCAAAGCUAAUAAUAGCCAAUUCCUAAGAACCGGUUGAUGGCUCUAAAGAAUAUCCAACCCUAGUAUCACAUGCUAGGGGAAGAUAAGGACACAGAUUUUGCAUGGGAGUGGCGAUCGUUGUGAGGAUGAAUUAAGCCCGCAUUACUCGUCGAUUCGUAGAUGUAACGUCAAUGUGAUAUAGGGAAGUGGCACAAGCCAUUCACGAAGCCCUCGAUUCCGUCUCAUCCGUCUCUGUUUUCACUUGCUGCUGUUGGGUGGCAGCCUGUCCUUCUUUGCUAUCUCGAAAUUUGGUAAACAUGCCCGA